AUAUAUGAUAAUCGUAGAGUUCAAUGAAUUUGUCAUGGUGUUAUUAAUGAAUAUUGAUUAAUGACUACAGUAAGUUAGAAAAUCAACGAACUGCGAAAGAUUAAAAUUUUUAAACAUAACUCUCUAAAUCGUUAAAAAUAUUUAAUGUUUGGCAUUUGUUUAAGCCCUUCUUUGUAACAAUGUUAUGUAUAAAAUUUUAAUCAGAAUUUAUUAUUGAAUGCGCAUAUAUAUAUAUAUAUAUAUAUAAAUCAUAAUGAACAACAACAAAGUAUUAGAAUUAGUACGAAAAUUUUUGAAUUUUUCAAUCAAACGUAAUGGACAUGAUAGAAUUUUAGAUAAGGUGAAUAUAAUAUCAGCUGAAAAUGGCAAAUGUAUUGCUGAGAUGGUUGUUGAAAAACAACAUACCAAUUCAUAUGGUACACUUCAUGGAGGUUUUACAGCUACCGUUGUAGAUGUUUUGUCUAGUAUUGCUGUAUUGACUCAUCCACGAGUUGUUGAAGACAUUGAUUCGGCACCUAACAGUGGUGUUUCAGUUGAUAUUCAUAUUUCGUAUUUAAAUUCAGCAAAAAUUGGUGACCGAGUAGUAAUUAAUUCUGAAACUGUUAAACUUGGAAGAACUUUAGCAUUUUUAAAAGUGACAUUGUUAAGGAAAGAUGAUAAUGUUAUCUUAGCUCAAGGUUCACAUACUAAGUUUGUAGGAUGAUAUUAAAUGUUUGAUACAUUAUGUAAAACUAAAUGUUAUUGUUGUUAUUUAUUAAAAAUAUCAAAAAAUGUAUUUAUAUUAAUUUCACCAUAGUCAAAAAUCAAAAUUAUUUCUUUGUUAU